AUGGCGAUUGGUUCGUCUGGGACCGGACUGCCUGUACCGGUGCGGACCAGUAGCGGGCCAGUCGCGGAGAGAACCCGUGGCACGGCCCGCGAACAUCCACAUCACCCUGGCAGUCCAGGCCUGGUGAGCGGCGUCGUUCGUACGCCGGACGACGAGCCACGCGCCGCGAGCUCCAGAGACGGAGUUGGGCCCCCCGCAGGCGGCACGGGGCCCUCCAGGGGUGUCGUCGUGCCACCAUACGGCGGCGCGGCGACCUCCAAGACACCAACACCGGCGCCCACGGCGCGCUCUUCUCAGGUCGUGCGCGAUGAGCAGCGCCGCCCCGCUGGUGACCCUGGGCGCCGCCCUCGGAAGAGUCCCAUGCGCCCUUCACAUGAUGAGGAGGGCCAGCAUGCGCACCGAGGUACUGGCGGAGGUAGCGGAUGGCCGCAGGGCCGUGAUGGGGCUCCUUCUAAUGCGGUUAGAGGUCAAAGCACAUCGCGGUCCACGCAACUUUUGCCGCCGCCCACGCCAGCAGAAGCCCUAGCCCACGCGCAGCUGCUCCUCGACUUCCCUCCCGCUGCGGAGAAGCUUGACGAAUGGAGGGCCACCGUCCGGAGCCUCGUCGGCAUCGCUAACAACGACGAGUUGCGGCCGGCGGGGCCCAUAGGCCGUCGCUCCGUUGAGCCACCGCACGCCAGCGGUGGACGGGCCGGAGGCGAUGCGGCCAUGGGGCACUCCCCUCCUCCAUACCGGCCGCCGCGGGUGUCGUUAACUCAACCAUCCAUCGAACCAUCAACCGGGCAGAACAAGCGGAGGAAGCUAGGCCCCGGCAAGUACUUCCCCACCGAGCUCCCCGGAGCCGCUGGCGAAGAUGUUGCCAUGGAUGCCGAUCCUGCCGCAGGGCAACCGACUCCGGCAGGGCCUGAGGCCAUGGCCGUAGAGACAGCCGCUCCCAUAGUAGAAGAGAUGCCUUCGGUCCUUGCCGUCGAGCCACAGGCUCUGGCAUGGGCGUAG